AUGUCACAAGAUGUUGGCGGCAUGCCCCCUCCCGAAGGGGUAACUCCCGACUUUGACGGAAGCUCCCCCCUUCAGAAGUCAAUCGUCGUUAUUUACUCAUGUACAUUCGCCGUUGCGACCAUUCUAUUGAUGUUGCGUCUCUAUACGGGCAUCGUCAUUGUUCGCAAGCUGGAUUGGGACAUCCCCUUGAUUAUAUUAUCAUGGGGAGUAUCAAUGGGUUUCUUUAUUGGCGUGAUGCUUGCAAUUCCUUCCGGCUUUGGCAAGCAUCUUUGGAAUGUUAGAGCAAGUAGUCUUACCGGAUACUUUCAGCUUCUGCUUGUUCUCGGUCUUACAUACGUGUGGCCCCCUACUCUUGCCAAGUUGGCCAUCCUCGUUCUAUACUACCGCCUCAUUCCGAACCGCGGGUUUCGUUGGGCAAUCUAUGGUACAGCCGCUGGACUGAUUAUCUAUACCAUCGUUUUCACGAUACUGCUAGCGUGGCCGUGCCAUCCUCUCAAGCCUGGAACAACCGCCUGCGUCGUCAAUCUUACCGUGUCACAAGGCGUGCUCAACAUUGUCAGCGACGCCAUAGUCAUUGUCCUUCCGAUACCCUUGAUCCAUCGCUUAAACAUGCCUUUGAGACAACGAAUAACAGCUGGACUACUCCUUGCCCUUGGUUCUGCCGUUGUCAUCGUCUCAUGCAUUCGGUUCGGAUACGUAAAGAAGAUGGAGAACAACCCCGACGUUACCUGGACACAGGCUUCAACUUCUCAGUGGAGUUGCAUAGAGAUGAAUACAGGCAUUAUAUGCAACUGCCUUGCUCAUCUGAAACCAUUUGUUCGAAAGCAUCUUCCCUGCCUCAGCAAAUUCGUGACCAGGGGGUCCUCAAAUAUGUCGCAUCCUACCGACCGCAGCCAGGGUCGAAGUCAUAAGUGGAGAGGAGACAAAGCGAGCCAUAAAUAUGAGCUACAUAGCGUGGGUCGGGCUCAACGGCCAUAUCACGAGGAUAAUGAACCAGGCAUUGUCGUCGUUGACGAAGUCCAAGUAGAGUUUACGUCAUCGAAGGACAAUGGCGACACAUCAAGUACAGACGAUAUUUUGAGGAACACGAGAUAG